UUUUUUAAAAACAAGUAAUAAACUGAAGCAUUCAGGUGAUUACGGACAUGUUCCGGAAAGAAGAAUUGUAGACAUGAAAUAUUUUGGCGAGAUAUUUGACAAAGGGUGUAAAUCAUGUAAACGACAUUUCUUAUUCAAGGAUAUCAUCGCAGAAAACAUUUAUGGACUUUGUUCAUUAGUGAAAUUUAAGUGUUCAAAAUGUCGACAAGAAACUACAAUUUCUACAUCGAGGGCUUCCGGAGAAACUGAUAAGACUUUGACAAAAUCUCCGUACUCAGUUAAUCUGAAAGCUGCAAUUGGGAUGAUCCACGCUGGUAUAGGAGAAACACACAUGAAUGGCUUUCUUGUGACAUUAGGGAUACCACCAAUACACCAUAAAACAUUGAAAAAACAUGAACGGAAAGUUGGAAAAGUUAUGGAGGAAAAUGCACGAGAUUCAUGUGCCCGUGCGUGCGAAGAGGAAAAGACGGCAUCACAAGCUUGUAUGUUACCAGCGACUGUCACAGAACGAGGUGAUGGCGAUAACAUAAGAGACACGUUCCUGCAUGAACCAAAUACUGAUCGGGUUGCAGCAGACGACAAAGAGAUGUACGCAGCAGAUGACACCGACACUGAUCAAAUAACUUUUGAUGAGGCAAUGGCUAUGUUAGAAGAAUAUGACAGAGCUAGCGCAUCAAAUGAGAUUCAGACUACAGACCAAGCAGAGGGACAGUCAUCCUUUCACAUCUCUGCAUUAAACGAAGAUACAUCACAAAAUAUGGUAGAAAUGGAGACUUUGCAGAAAGACCAAGUUGAAGUUGUUGUUAGCCAAGACGCAGCAUGGUCAAAACGUGGCCGCGGAAUGAACAGUUUAUCAGGUUGGGGACAUGUUAUAGGAGUGAAGACUAAAAAGUGUUUGAACUAUUCUACACGAGUCAAGAACUGCGCAAAGUGUAACUUUAACAGCAAAACGGGAAAAAAGGUACAGCAGCAUGAUUGUCGUAAAAACUGGACCGGAAGUGCUAAAAGUAUGGAACCGGAUAUCGUAACGAGUCUGCACGAAAAAGCGAUGGAUUCUGGUAUGAAAUUUAUAGGUGUAAUUGGUGACGAAGAUUCAUCAGCUAUAAAACACAUACGAGAGAAAGUGAAUCCAAAAAUCAAGAAAUUUUCAGAUUUCGGACAUAUAAAAAGAAAUUUGAGACGGAAACUUGAGACACUACAGAAAGAAAAUAAAAGUCUCACCAGGAAAGUUACAGACAGCUUCCUAAAAAACUUCUCAUAUGCUGUCAAACAAAACAGAACAGGGACAGAGGAUGACAUGAGCAAGUCUAUAAUGGCAAUAGUACCUCAUAUGUAUGGAAAUCACAGUAUGUGUGGUCAUUGGUGUUCCAUCACGACUGGCAAAAAUGAAAAACAUGCUAAUUUACCUAAAGGCAAAGAUCUGACUGACCAGUCAUUGAGACUCGAAAUGGAGAAUUUGUUGGCGCCUUUUAUUUCUAACCCGGAAAAACUCAUGACAUCUGGUACAACCCAGUCAAAUGAAUCACUGAAUAAUGUUGCUUGGAGCAAAGCUCCUAAAAUACGAAACUACAAUGCCAGCGAAAGUUUUGACAUUCGGUGUUCGGCUGGAGUCGCGCAGUUUAAUGAUGGAAUUGGAUAUGUGAACAAAGUUAUAGAAAAUUCAGGUCUUUCUCCACAAAAAAAUACUAGUAAAUACACUUGUUCAAAAGACAGACAGAGGAAUUAUUUUAAAUCUUAUAAAACCGAAAAAAAAAGUCAAGCAAAGGCGUUACGAACUGAAGAAGAAAAGAUUGUUUGUGAAUACCUCUUCCGAAAUUAAGGAAGGCACAACAUAUGCAUCAGAGUGUACAUUCGAAACGGAAGAUAUCGAUACUGUAAGAAUCCCGGAUGCCACAGACUUUUGCCAAGCAAACGAAAAUGCAGGAAACAUUGGCGGAAAUUUCAUAUUUUACGACAUUGAAACUACGUCACUAGGGAACGAAGCUGAAAUUGUGCAACUUUCUGCGAUGUCCAGGAUCGGCACAAAAUUCAACCAGUAUGUCGUUCCCGACGGGUACAUCACUAAACAAGCGUCGGCAGUUACCGGAAUUACGAUUUCUGUAAUAAACGAUAAAAAGGUUUUAUACAAAGAAGGAAAACCGCUCCCCGGGCGCACCAUUUGUGAUGUGUUGAAAAGUUUUAUUAAAUGGAUUCGGUUGUUGGAUGAAAAACAUAACAUUUUAGUUGCCCAUAAUGGAAAACAAUUCGACAUGAGAAUCUUGGUAAAAAGUUGUAUUAAAGCCGGAUGUCUGGACGAGCUAUCUGAACAGAUUUAUGGAUUUGUUGACACUUUACCACUGUUUAGAUCUAUAACAGAAAAGGGAGUUUCAGCAUCGCUAGUAAAUAUAUAUCAGAGGGAGUUCGGCUGUAAAUACAACGCACAUGACUCAUGUGAAGAUACACAAGCACUUAUGCAUUUGUUCUAUCACAAAAAUCUCGAACAAAGAGCAUCAUCUUCUUUCAUAAAAUUUGAUCUUGCUUUGAAAUAUUUAAAAAAUGUAAGUGUUGUUAAAAGAAAUCGCAACCAAAUUGAGCGUAAACUCUGUGUGGAGAACAAAAUAAUUUCCACGUAUUUAGCAAGGAAAAUAGCUGUCACCGGACUUUCCUAUGAUCAUUUAUAGCUAGCAUUUGCAAGGGACUGUGUGAAUGGCUUGCGGUAUGUAUUAGGAGAAAAGGUUAACGGUAAAGCGAGAGUAACCGAAAAGACAACUAUUAUUCGAGCUUUGAAUCUGCAUUUUGAAAACAUCAAUAGGAAAUAAAUAGUGUGUAUUACAAAACAUAUGUUGUGUCAAAAGUGUUUUCCUUUCACCAUUAAUGGUAUCUGCAGUUCAGAUCGACUGUAUCGUGAAAAGUUCUAAUAAUAAAAACAUAUUGUUUUUAACUAAACGAUGUAUAACUCAUUGCAGAGUUGGAGCGGUCUUCUGCGCAUGCCCGAAAGUGAUCAUCAAUUGUAGCGCACGGCAAAAUUAUGCAUAUUUUUGCAUGUCCGCACGCAUUUAGUGUAUAAUAACCAUAAAAUACUGACUAAAGGUUAGGGUUAG